GCUUACGCAAGCGCGAUCCUACUGUGGGACACUUCUUAGAAACUUAAGUUUGUACAUUGGCGACUGUGCUGAGGAAAGUAAAUCUUAAAACAAGUUUAGUAAAUAAACAGUAAACUGCAGUAUGCUGUGUCAGUAAAACCUGUUCAGGCGAAGAGGUCCGUUAAUUCCCGACACUGCUGAUGAAGCUGUGAUGUCUCUUUUGGGAGUAGAAGAGCUGCUACCAGAACAUAAAUGGGUGCCCACCAACGUCCAGGUGACGGUCAUGCGAGCCAGGGGGCUUCGGGCGAAGGGCAAAGGCGGAACAAGCGACGCAUAUACGAUUAUACAGUUGGCCCGUGACAAAUUCUCCACAUCAGUAGCGGAAAAGACCACCGGGUGUCCCGAAUGGAAAGAGGAAUGCUCAUUUGAAUUGUCGCCAAGCGCCCUGGAGUUUGAUGGAGAGGGGGGCAACUUGAUUCUGACGGUGAUGCACAGGGCACUUAUCGGACUGGACAAAUUUCUGGGGCAGAUAAUUAUUCACCUUGGUCACGUCUUCCAGGACAAGCGUUCCCAUAGCAGCGAAUGGUACAAGCUACAUUCAAAACCAGGCAAGAAAGAAAAAGAGAGGGGAGAGAUCCAGAUAAUGAUACAGUUCACUCGUAACAAUUUAACUGCCAGCAUGUUUGACCUUUCGAUGAAGGAUAAGCCACGGUCCACUUUUGGCAAGUUGAAAGACAAGAUGAAGGGGAAGAAGAAGCAUGACAUGGAAUCUGCAUCAGCGGUUAUCCCUAGCAACAUUGGAAAACUUGACAGUGAUGAAGAUGAUGAAAAGGAUGACAAGAAAUCAAGAUCCAAAGGUUUUUUCCUUAAGGCCAAACUUCACAAGUCAUCCUUGAGCAAAUCUAACACUUCCCUGACAUCAGACAAAACAGUUGCAUCUGUGGGAGAUGUCACAUCAAUUCAAGUUGGGUUAUCAGAUGUUUUGGCUGAAGAUGCAGUCAGAUCCGGGAAUACCAGUGAUCUUGCUAAUGACAUUCCUGUGAGUGAUGAUCAGUCCCCUGUCAAGGGAAAAGCCCAUAAGAGAGCCUUCAGUGACGAUGCAGGCAGUGCUGGUAAACUCGCUGAGCUAAAUGAAAGUCAGAACUUACGGUCAAAGAACAGCCCAAUAUCUAAAUCCUCGCUCUGUGUCAAUGGAAGUCAUGUUUACAGUGAGGAUAAGAAAAAGACACCUUCAGGUAUGUUACAGAAAUCCUCUCCUCAGUCAUCCUUGCAGAACCUAAACAAAAAAUUAGAAGUGCCUUCCUUGAUUAUUGCUAGUUCUGAAGAUACUGGGAUACAAACGAUGGCAUCUAGUAGUUCAGGAGAGCAAAGUCAAAAAGGUCUUAAAAUUGUUACUCCCACUAUUACUGUGGAAGAUGACAUAAUUUCACCCAAACCGGUUAUGAACCAAGAAAGUACUGCUCUUAAGAAAGCAGAGCACUUUAUAGAAAUCAAGCCUGUGCAAUUGGCUGCUUCAGUUUUAUCCAGUGAAACAAGAGAAGCAUAUCACGAAGAACACAAAAAAGAAGAAAAGCCAAAACUGAAUCUAUUUCACCUUGGCAGUGGAAAGAAUGAGUUGCUGACGAAAAACACAAGCAACAGCUCUGACAAGCAUCAUGUACGGAGUGUUGGCUCAUCUUCAGAAAUUGAGGAAAAGAACAAGGUCAGCCACUGGUUUAGUUCAAAAGACACAAAGGACAAAUCAGUCCAGAAACCAAGCCUGGAGGUGUCACCUAAGGUAGAAACAAGCUUGGAUGCUCCCCCCAAAAUAUCUACCUGCUCACAAAUUCACUCUUCUGCUUCUGCAGAGCACCCUGUAAGCAUGCCUGUCACUAACACUUUCACAGCUGUUGAAGAAAACCCACACUCCAUUUUGUCUCCCACCAAUCCUUUCUUCAGUGCUCUACAGAGUAACCCUUUUUUUGAAGAACUUUUAACAGAUCAGGUACUAAAAUCUCCACCCACUCACUUUUCCCAUAGUUUACAUUGCGUUCAUCACAAAGCUGAGAAUGAAACAGAAAAUCAUGCUGCUGCUACCUCUGCAUCCUUAAGACUUGACCACAGAGUAUUAUUGGAUGAAGUACCCAAAGCCAUUUCAACUUCUGAUGCUACAGGAACCCUUUUCCAGAGAUCACUAAGUGAUCUUAAGCAAGAAUCAAACCAUUUGGAUCAUUCAUUUGAUGCCUUUGCAGCUAGCAGGCUGAAGUCAUUACCAGAGCACAAGCCCUUGGCUUCUACACCAUCUGCCUUUAUGAUUUGUAAAGAGACUCCUUCUACUGUUCUUGACCUUCAUAGAUUGAAAGGGUAUACAGAGACUUCAUCUGCAACAAUUGUAGAUCCCGAGAUUGGAGGAAGACAAAUGCAUGUUAAAAGUGCUUCAUGUUCCAGUAAUGUUGAUAAGUACUCAUGUCAGCAGCCAGGGCUGGAAACUUCAGAUGAACAAGUGAAUAAAAAAAGCAUGCCUGAUGAAGUACUUCAGAAGACUGUUAAUAAAAUGCAGGUGUUGUCAUCUAGUGAUGCUACAUUGCCUCUGGAUGACUACAGAGUUCCUUUCACACUACUAUCUACAGAACUCAGCAACGAAGUUUCAGAUCCUUCUCAGCCAGAACUGUUAAUACUUGAAAGAUGUGAUGAGCAAACAGUAACCAUUGCUGACUCAACAGAGCUAAACUGUAAUAAACUGCCAGUUAUGGAAAACAAAACUGACUGGUUUGGUUCUAUUUUAGCAGGGUCUCAGGAACUUGCUGCUGAGAUGUCAGAAUUUAGCUUGAAAAUUGCACCAGAAACUGAUCCCAUGCAUAAAAGUAUUUCUACAGAUAUAGUUUCUGAUAUGAAGACUUCAGUAGUUGAAACAGCUGUAAACAGUAAUUUAUCAUUUUUACCUAGUAGAGAAGCUGAGGAAAAUUCAACACAUCCUCCACGGAGUAACAGUUUGCUCCCUAACAUUGAUGAUAAUGUAAGCAGCAGUAAAUUGCCAGUUUUAUUGUCUUCUGAAGCCAAAAUUGAAGAAGCUGUGCCAGAAUCUUCAAAUACCCUUCCUCUGAAAGAAACUUGUAUGAUCAGUAACGAUUUUAAUGAUGAUGAGCAUUCUGAACAACAGACUGUACUACAAGGUUCUAAUUCUGAGACAGUAGAGCUGCCACCUCCUAAACCUCCAAGGUCAUUUAUGAGUGAGCAUUUGUUUAAUGAAGGCCUUGAAAAGGGCUUAGAUAAAGGCAGUAUUGAAAGCUGUGCUGGUGGGAGUCCAGUAAAAAACAGAGGAAGAGAAAUAGGAAAGGGAACAGAGAAGAAUGAUAGCUCCUUAACAGUCCAGGUGAGAGAACCUGUGUCACUGAAUCUGGACAACAAACAAAUCACAGAGGAACAGAUGUCUGAUUUUAUUUUGACAAACACCAGUUUUUCAGAACAUGCCGCCAUUACUGAGGAAGACGAGUUCCAUAUAAAUGAGGUGACUGCAGAUGCUGAUCCGUUCAAGACAUGUCCUUCUGAGUUAUCUCUAGGCAGUUCUCACUUAUCAAGUAGGGAGGACAGUUCCGGCAAACUGGUUGUUGUGCAGCCAGUGCUCACUUCUAACUUAAUCCAAGCUAACCCAUCAGAACAGGUAGCUGGAGUAGACUCCUGUGGAAUAACAGAAGUACUUUUAAGUGAAUCAGACUUGCCUACUGAAGUUAAAGAAGAAAAGAAAGUAGCCUCACAUGAUCAUGUUUUCAUUGAACCCAGUCAGUCCAGAAAAACAGGACGUCUUUUUGUGACUGCAGUGUCGGAGCAUUCUGUGAAUCCUUGCUCAGUUCCUAGUCAGAAAACUGGCACAGUAUUCAGUACAAACAGUACAGAAAAAUGUCAUAGUAUUUCAGUACACACAGCAGGCAAGGACGCAGUGUUAACAUUUUCAGAAACAAAUUCAGGAUUUACAAGAAAGCACAAAGAUGAAAGAUGGCCCCUGGUAAUACCAGCCAGGGUUAAUGAAGACAAAUGUUCACUGUACAGUGAGUUAACAGAAAAUGCCAUUGAACCAGAAGAAUCAACUAGAAGUCAUGAAACUAGCCAUGUAGAUCUGCCUUUGCAGAACUUAAGUCAGCAGUCUCCCUGGCUUGCUGAUGUUGCUACAAAUUCUAGAAAGGACAAGCUGUGUAAAAUGCCUCCUGACUUCAGUCAGAAUUCCAGUAAGUCGGACCAUUCUUCUACUGGGAAUCCUUUGGUACAGCCUGGCAGCCCUCCUACACAGAGUAAUAAAAAUCCUUUUGUAGAGUCAUUUUCUUCACACAGUAACACAUCUGAGUACCAACCUUUGGAUAAAUCUCUACAGGAAGACAUUUUUAAGGUCCUGCAUCUAAAGGCUACUCCUCAAAAUCUUCAGUGUACUGGCCUGUCAGGGAAUCAACAUGUCAAGCCUGCCUUUAAUGGCAGUCAGCCUUUGGCUUUUUCAACCCCUUGUCUCAUGGCUGCAACUAACUCUAAAUUAACAAUUCUCCCUUCCCCUACAUUUUCUCCUACUACUUUUGGACCACCAUCAGUGACCACCCAGGCAGAAACCAUGUUCUCCUUUCCUGCACCGCAUUCCAGUGACAUCAAAGCUUCACUACCUGCAGUUUUGCCCAUCGAGACACCAUCAGCUGAGAAGCUCCUCUUGCAUCCAAGAACCAGUCCUCAUCCAGUUAAGCCGCUGAGUUCAGCUAUACAAGAUAGCUCCAGUGACAGGAAGCAGAACAGGUCCAGUCUAACUGAUGGGACAGAAAAAUCCAAACUAGUCUCUCCAGGCACUGUGCAGCCAGUGCAGCCAUCUCAACAGGGACAGAUAAAACAUGAGACAAAGGACACUGCGGUGCUGGACCAUGCAGCAAAGUAUUACCAUCUAACACAUGAUGAACUAAUCCAGAAGUUGAUGCUGAGUGAAGAAGAGUUGAAAAAUAAGCAGACCCGCAUCCAUGACCUGGAAGACUACAUUGACACACUCCUUGUCCGCAUCAUAGAACAGACCCCUGGUAUCCUGCAAGUAGGCAGUGAGCCAACUGCCAACAAAAUGCCCAGAAAAUAAUCCUGAUAAAAAAGCAUGUACACUGCAUAUUAAAAUAUUCCAUUUUUUGGGAUGGCCUUUCUUUUUUUUUAUAUUGCCCUAAAAUGAACACUUGUUCAAAUAUUUUCUGUAACAGGGAUGAGUACUUUUUGAAGACUCAUGGUAUUCUAGAAUAUACUACUAUCUUCAUGUUAUAUUACAACUAUUGUCAGAAUUGUUUGUGUACUAAAACUAAAGCUGCAGUGUGCCUUGUGUUUCAGUAGAAUUUCUAUUCAGGUUUGGUGGGGCUGAAGAGAAUCAGCACUUUUUUUUUUUUUUUUUUUACAACUGCUGUGAUUCCACUUUUUAAAAUUCUGUUAACUGGAAGAGAGGUAUGCCACAAACAGCUGGAAUACAAUUUGUUUAAUAAAAAAAGCGCAUUGUUAGUGAAGUCUGUUGGAAACUGCCCAAAUUCCAGGUGGCCACACUGCUUUCUGUUGUAACACAGUGUGUGUUAUAAACUGCCUAGCAGUGAGUACUAAUAUAAUUACAUUUGCCUUGGUAAAGCAGUUUAUAUAUUGUAUAUUCCAGAGUCAGCAUCCUUUAUUUAGCUUAGCUGAAAUCUGCACCUAGUGUACUACUUAUUUGUUCUCCUCUUUGUAGAGCAUGACUGCUCAUAGCAAAAUAGUCAUCUUUAUGGUUUGUUUCUUCAAGGUGCUGUCUUUCUACAUACAUACAUACUACCUUACACCAAAAAUGAAAAUUUUCCAAAGUUUGCAUUAUUUGCAAUUUUUGUUACAAAAUUUAUAAUGUACAGUUCAGUGAGAUUCUCAGAGUUCAGGGUGACUUUUUGUAAUAGUUUUAGAAUGACACUAAUAAGCCAUGGUUCUGUGUUUAUUAAAUACAUUGAGUUGUUAAAGGAGAAAGCUGCAUAUUUAAGUUUCCCAUUGCUGUUCAGUGUUAAAUGACAAGAAUGCCAUUCAUUUUUUACUGAGGAGUAGCAUCAGUCUGUAGUUGUGCAAGUACUGUGAUUUUGUUGUUCAUUGCCUGCUUAUGUUGGGUGUAUGUUGUUUUGACUAUGAAAUAGAUCAGUCAAGAGAAACAUAUUACUGCAGUCACAAGUAAAGAAUGUCCACUUAAAAUGUUUUACUUUUAUUAUAUUCUAAAACAAAAUGCUUAAUAGCCUGUCCCCCAACAGGAUUCCUAUUAAUCUGUAAACUACCAGAUUAAAAAAAAAUACUCAAAAAUGUUAAAGUGCAGUGACAAAAUAGAUUUUACUAAAAUAUAGUUACAGUUAAUAGUACUCCAGACGUGGCUGUUGACUAUUUCUAGGUGCUUCACAUGUUCCAGUUUAUUUUUUAAUCCUAAAUGUAAACUAUUUUUUUCUAGGCCCACUGGAGUACCAGUGCUUUGCCUACUUUCUUUCUAAAAGUCAUGCUUUCACACUCAGUGACUGAUGCAUUUUUUAUUUUAAUUUAUAGAAAGUUGUUUUAGACAGUGUAACUUGGCUGUUUUGCAGUUGAAUGUGCUGCAGGGACAGACUGGGUCUGAUUAGUACUCUCCUUUAUUCUUUGGAACAGUGUAGCAUCUUUGUGAAAAAGCAGAUGUCUUUGUGAUGUGUUACGGAGCUGUCAAAAUGUCUGUACUUUUCAGUAGUAUGGACUGAUUAAUCAGUCUCUUACCUGUUUUAGUUCCGGCUUCUGCACAGUGUAGUGUCACAACUGAAGUGAGUUCAUUGGGUUUUUAGACUCUGUUUUUCAAUGUACAUGGUAUUUUAUCACUGAGGUAAUUUUUUAAGAUAUUACCUCGUCCUGUCUAUUGUGGUGUUAGAUGGCCACAGUUGUCUCUUUGCAGUUUCUUUACCAUACGCCAAAGUAGGGAUGGGACAUUAUAGUCAGCAGGCAUAUCACCGAGUGUUUUUCUUGUAGGGUAAAGUACACUGAGCUAUAUAUACUGUGUUUCAUUUGCCUAUGAAUGAAAACAUGCUUGCUUGAAAAGCAGUUACUAAUACACAGUUUUAGCAUAAUAGACUGUAUAUUUGUUGGGUCAUUGUUUUCAUUAGCUAAUUUGCCCAUCUGCAAGGUAAUGGUUUGUAUAACCAAAUUCUGUGUAUAUAAAAAUUUUAAGAUAAUGCAUUAUAUACUGUGAUGUACAGCAUAUUGUAGGGUACUGAACAUAUUUCCAGAAGAUGGUCAAUUGAUUUAAGAUAUCUAGAUUUUGUUAGUGUUGUCUGAUUUAUUUUGGUUUUGUUGUGACUGGAGUUAUGUUCAAAAUGUGCAUUUUUUUUUCUUUUUUUGCAGCCUUUCUUGCGGCAUAUUGGAAGUACUAUUGAUUCCAUCCACAUAGAAGCAUAUGAAAUUUGUUCAAUAUUAUCUUCUUUGGUAUGCAAUAUAGUAGCCUCAUUUGUCAGGGUUACAGGACAACCCCAUGGAUUUUUCAUUUUAAUGUAAAUACCAAAGAAACUUGGGCUGUAAACACACUGCAGAUUUUCCUUCCACAAUUUCUGUUCAGGUUCCUCCACGGUCUUCUAUUCUACAGUAUACAAACUUGUUUUCAACAUUUGAUGUAGCCAUAGUUGCAUAUUAUUUUGGUAAUCAGUUGUUAAUAUUUUUAUCACUAUAUAAUCAGAUAAGACUGAAAACCAUAAAAAUUAAAAAUGUAAAACGGCUUACCAACUCUGAAAGCCAGGCUUCAUUUUUAAUUUCUAGCGACUUGAGCAGAAGGAGCUGCAGACUCUGGAAGCAGAUUCCACUUGCUGUGCUCUUCUGUAUUCAUGCCAUCAAGCCAAGUAUGUUUAGGAGGUAUAAUUUCAGGAAAAAUAGUAUUCACUGUGACAUUGGUAUUAUUUUUAAGGAGGUCUCAAAAAUCUGCUUUUUUUAUUGACGGGCUUCAGUAAGUAACUACAGGAAUUCUUUAUUUAAAAAAUAAUAAUAAUAUGCACAGAUUCCUGCAUACUGCAGCUUCAGAAAGACAAAACUGAAUUGCAGAGCACUCAGAAGUACAAAGACCUAAACGACUGUUCUGUAUGAAGUUUUGUAAAAGUUUAAGUACUCUUUCUACCAUCACAACAAUUAGCAUGAUGUAUCCAGUGUUCUUGUAUACUCGUUGUGAAAUGGCUGUUUGCCAUUUCACAUUUGGUUUGCUUUUACAUUACGUGAUAUUCUGUAUGUGCAGCUGUUUGUUUUGUUUUGCUCUGGUAGCUCACAGCAAAAAGUUUUUUUCAGAGCCGUAACUACUUGUCUUCGUUCAGUGAGAACUAAUGUUGCUGAGUCAUGUUCAUUUUACAUUGUAACUGCUAAGUAGUCAAGCGUUUACAUCAGUUUAUUAGCAAUUGGAGAAGUUUGAAUAAAACUUGAUAGCUAAGAAUAAAUAUUAUAGGUCUUUAUUGUAUGUGGAAGGUAAAAAUGGAUAUUGUUUCAUCUGUAUUGUACACUGAAAACAGUGUUGUGCAUCUUUUAAGUUAAUCUUGUAUUUAUUUAAUGUAAAGCAGUAAAUGUACACACACAGCCAGAUUCACUGCACUUGUGGAGGAAGAUUAAUUUUUCCAUGGAAAGAGCUGUUUAUCCAGAAUGGUGGUACAUAUGCAACUAGUGUAGUAUAUUGAUCUUGUUGAUCAGUGUCUACAUGCUUUGAAUGCACAGUCUGUAUGCUUUGUGCCAAAUAAAUCUUACUGCUGUUUUUCUACCUAGGACGUUUUGCUGUUUUUACAAAAUAACUUGCAGCAUAAGAACACUUCCAUUAAAAUCAUACAAUAUUAGGUACUUAAAUAUAUGCAGAAGACCACCUACUACAAAUAAAAAAAAAAGAACAGACUUGUACAUAUAUAGUACAAAGGUAGAAAAGCAUUACAAUGUUCAGUUAAUGAGAAAAGAUGUACUUAUAUCCUUAAAUCAACUACAUUACCAUGAUUUGUUUAAAACUGAGUAUAUCAGAGAAUAUGUAGGUAUACACUGCCAAAAUAAUGUAUUUAUUUCCCAGAAAUGUCAAAAAUAAACUGGAAACACAUGCUUACUGUAUGUGUAGAUCUCAUAGAUUUACCAAAACAAUGAUAAAUGUUUUGAAAUUUCUUUGAGUAGAAGUGACUUUUUUGGCCACAAAAUCCUUUUGUUCAGAAGCAUCAUUAUUUUUAUUCUCAACUGUGACAAUUUUUGGCCAGCACUGCACUGGCAUUUGCAUUAAACAGUUUCUGAACUGCCAUACCACUGCAAUGGAGUACCACUGCAGCUCCAUUUUGAAAUGUCCAGGCCCGUCCUUUCCUUUUUUCUUUUCUUUUCAGCUCCUCACAGCUGACCAUCAACUGCACCUAGUUCCUGUCCUCAUCCACUGAGUUUAAAGAACCUAAUAUAACCACUAGGCUACACCCAACCCAUGACCAGGGCUGGUGAGGAGACUGAGGAACCUGGAGCAGAGCUGUUACCUUUUAUGAUGGGGAAAUACACACCCAGAAUCCUCCCUUCGCACUGAGAUUGCUAACUCUGAGAUGCAUCCUUCACAGAUUUUAACCAGAAUAAACUUUUAUCCAUUGGCCAAGGAGCUCCAAAAACAAAGAUGCCAUUCAGAUGGUAGUUAAUGGGGUAAUUAUGCCUCUCAAAGGGAUUUACUUAGGUGGCAGGUUAACACAAUUGAGGAAAGGGACUGUAGACUGCAUAUGAAAAAAUGUGAAAUUUUAGAUCAUUUUUCAGAAAUGCUGGUGUUAUAAUGAAGUUAUGGCACUAUGUCUUUUUUCAUUUAAUUAUUUUAAAUUCUUAUGCAUCUUUAAUUGAGAAUUGUUUUUAAAGUCAUAAGAGUUCUGCUUAGUCUUUGAAAUUUUUGGAACAGUUACUGGGACAACCCAGUUAUGCAGAUUGAUGUAUUGUCAUUCUCACUGCUGGUAUACAUGGUGAAAUGGCAAUUCCUUUAGGAAUGGUCAUCAGCAGUAAUUAAACAAGUUGCUUCUUACAGAAAGUAUAGUUUUUUCCUUUUCUUUACUGGCACCAUUGUCACCUCUGUCUGCCUGAAUUGCUAACCUUAAUUGGUUUUGCAAAGUGUUCCAUCAGGAUUUGUUACUGUGGAACACUAGUAGCACAUCAUUCAGUGUCUUCAAAAUUCUAAAGAAAACAAUGUGUUUGCCCAUUAUUAAUCAUCCUAAGGUAUUCUGUUCCAUUCAUGGCUUGAAUUAGAAUGUUUUCAUGCAAGUAUGAUAAUGCUGUAUUUCUUUACUUAAGAUUUUUCUAGGUAUUACAGCAACUGUAGGUGGUAUACAGGCUGGUCACAGUGACUUAAAGUAUACUUAAUACACCCUUCUGUGUAUUUUUUUGGCAUUUCAGGGUAUGCUAGGUGAUAGCAUAAUCAUGUUGAGAUUGUGCUUGGUAAUUAGAGUGACCUUGAAUGAGAAGGUGAGAAAACUGCUUCAGUUACUGGGCACUGCUGAGAAAUGUGAACUAGAACUGUACUGAUUUCACAGUGUAUUUCUCGUAAAAGAGCAGAUCUAUGAAUCUGUGAAAUUUUUUAAAUCACUUGCACUGCUUAAGAAGUGAGAGCUGAAAUUCAGUACUGAAAAAACUCUGUUACUAAUUACACUGCCUUGUUAAUGUAAGCAAACUAAAAUACUGAAUAAGCCAAGUUACAAGGUUCACCUUGAAGCCAACACUGGAACAUUUUGCAAAGAUUAACAGUGACCUUAUUGGUAGCCUGUAACAUUUGCUUGUAGACCUUUCCACUUAUUACAUCUUGUCUCUUAAAUGAUUAAAGGCUAAUUAAUUCAACAUAGGUGUCUGCUAGGCUAAUGACCACUAAGGCCUCUGUACGUUUAGUCAUGCAACUCAAAUGUGUCCCACAGUUAUUGUUUUGGGUUAACAUUAUUAUAUCAUAUGGUUAUUGCUACAGCUAUGAGUAUAUUAACAUCUUGGCAGUGAAAUCUUGCAGUCUGCUCUUCAGCAUUAUUGAAAAGCAUUGCUUAUGCCUGUAAAAUGGGUUUGUUUACAGUUUUAAGUGGUAAAGGUUUGUAGGAAACUUCAAACGUUUAAUGCAUAUGUUAUUGCAAAAAAAAGUGUCUUGUUGCAUACCAUUGAACAAAGUUAAGGUUGAUGUUUAUCAACAUUUUUUCAGUAAUAGGAGCAAUUAUUCUGUGUUGAAAAAUAGUCUUUAUCUAAUAGAGUUCUCAUGUUUCUAAACAUACUCUACAUAUAAUGUGAGAUGAAACACAAAAGGGUGGUUGAAGUGUUUUCAGCCAUUGAAAGCUCUGAAGUAAAUUGGUAGAUCAGAUUGGGAUCUGAUUUUCUCACUGACAUAAACAUAACCCCUGGCAUAUAUAUUUUAUUUACUUAAGUCAUUUAAAUAUUGGUGUGAUUGGAGGGUUAAUGUUGGUGAUAAAUCUCUGUUGUGAACAGUAUUACAAAAUGUAACAUGAGGUGCUUGUUUUGUUGAGGACGUUGUGACAAAAUACAUAAAGGAAACGGGAAAGUAAGAUUUGUACCAGAUGUGUUUGCCAUUUUGGUUUUGUCUCGCCUUGGCAUGUACAGAUCAGUGUUCAUAACCUUUAUUUACAUAGACUUGGACCACAUCAUUGUCUCCUUUGAUAACUUAUGGAUAGUUUCACAACAGCCAGAGACCAGUGAUCACAGACUCAUUUUAAUAGGUCAGGGUGUAGCUGGACGUCUGACAAAAAUGUGGAUGACUACCCAGCUGGUACUGCAAUGAACAACACAGACUUAAACUACAGUAAUGCUGCAAGUUGUACUGCACAAGAACAAACUAAAAUAGUAAUGUCUGCAUCUUGAGGCUACAUGGACAUUAUGAAUUCCCAUAGAGUUUCACACAUUCAGCAUCACUGCUUCCUGCAAAAAAUAAUGCAACUGCUUUCCAUGCUGCAGCAGUUGCACAGUAGUGGCUGUUGUAGCCUGCUGUUUGGAUGGUAAGCUAGUAACAGGAAGAGUGAGAGGAAAGAAGUCAAACAAAAAUGAGAGCAUGUCAUUUGAAAAGUCUUGUGUAUUAUCUGCAAUGUAAAUUGUUUACUUAUUUUUAAUUGUGGUUGGGUUUGCUUAAUUCUGUUACAGUUUCUGUACCUGAAGUUUAUAUGAAGAGAUUUGCUGUGCUUUACUUAAUCAUAUUUUAUCUUUUUGUAUAAAUGCAGUUAACUUACAAAUGGCUGUUUAUGUAUUUUAAGCACUUUCAAAUCACAAAUAAAGGUUAAUGUAUGACAAAAA